AAAUGAAUCUUGCCAUGCAGAAACAAAAUGAGCUGUUUCGCAUCCACUUCAGACUUCCUGCCUCCGAAAACCUCAACUAUGAAGUUCCAGCCACAUACUUGCCUGAGAAGAAGGAAAAGGAAGAGAAACCAGCCGCCAAUGGAACUGAGCCAGCUGCUACUGACUUCACUGGAAGACUUUCGUUAUCAGAGGCAUACCUCACAUUUCAAUGUCUGGAAAAGCAAAAGACUUUGGAGUUUGUGUUGCCACUCUAUACCGUUCGCCGCGUAGAGCGUCUUAACGGUAAAUCUCAAAUUUAUUCACUAAAGAUGGUUACUUGGCAUCAAUCUGUUCAUGUAUUCAAUCUAACCAAAAAGUUCAAUGCGAGCAAUUUUGUGAGGUACUUAAACACAAUCUCAAAAACCAGAUCAAGCAUAUGAAGGAUUUGAAACAGUUUUUGGCAACUUGUGAAUCGGAAGCAUUGCUCUCGGACGACGAAGCCAAAGCCGAGGAAUCAGUACCUGGUGGUCUUGGACUGGUUUUUGAUUUCCCUGGCGAUCCCAAGAAGCUCAAAGAUCGUAGCAAGAUGAAAUUGUGGAAGCAAUAUUUGCAAGCAAAUGGACGCAAUCUGACCAUGAUGCACGCUGCAAACUUCCCCAAGCUUAUUCGAGUUGGUUUGCCUAAUCGCCUGCGUGGCGAAAUAUGGGAAGCAUGCUCUGGUGCCAUGUACCUUCGCUUUAUGAAUCAAGGACAGUUUCAGAACCUUUUGGAAACUUACAAGGAUAAAAUGUCUCUUAGUGUCGAAGAGAUCGAAAAGGAUUUGAAUAGAUCUUUACCGGAAUACGCAGCUUACCAAACAUCAGACGGCAUUGACAGCCUACGACGGGUCCUGACAGCGUAUUCAUGGAAAGAUCCUGAACUUGGUUAUUGUCAAGCCAUGAACAUCGUGACUUCGGCGCUUCUGAUUUACAUGAGUGAGGAACAGGCCUUCUUCACAUUAAGCAUCCUAUGCGAUGACUAUCUGCCAGGCUAUUAUAGUACUUCCAUGUAUGGUGCUCUCCUCGAUCAGCUUAUUUUCGAACACCUUUUGGAGACAACUAUGCCCAUGCUCCACGAGCAUUUCAAGAAAGCAGAUAUACAACUUUCAGUGGCAUGUCUUCCCUGGUUCCUUAGCUUAUAUAUCAACUCUAUGCCGCUCCUAUUUGCCUUCCGAGUCUUGGAUUGCUUUUUCAUGGAGGGACCCAAGAUUCUGUUCCAGAUUGGUCUUGCCGUUUUGAAGAUAAAUGGUGCAGAGCUAUUGCAGGCCACAGACGACGGGGCGUUUAUGCAUGUCCUCAAGAAUUUCUUUGCCUCUCUAGAUGACCCCAUAUACCCGAACGCAGAGACUGCUAAAGCCCGUAGUUUGACGAAAUUCAAUGAACUACUCUUGGUUGCAUACCGCGAUUUCCAUAUUGUCACCGACACAAGUAUUCGUCAACUGCGUCAAACCCAUCAGCUCAAGGUGGUGGCUGGCAUUGAAUCAUUUACCAAACGAUCCGCUAUCCGAAAUCUCGACGAUAGUGCAAACUUGACCAAAGACGAAUUAGGAGUCCUUUACGAUAAAUACUACAACGCCAUCUACUACGACCAAAAACGUGGUGAACGAAGCGAUGCACGUAUGAACUAUGUGACUUACGAAAGAUUCAUGGGAAGUGUAGCCAACUGGGCCAAGUUUACAGCCAGAGAUCGUACAGCAGAACGCGAAGUUCAACUAGGCAUUGGACAAAAUUUCAUGACUCGACUGUUCGAAUAUAUUGACACCAAAAAAAUGAAUGGCCUCACGUUCCAAGACGUCGUGACCGGCAUUGGCCACAUUGUGCGCAAUGGUCUCAUGGAACAGAUUGAAUUCUUUUUCAAUCUUCAUGACAGUGACAAGGAUGGCUAUUUGAGCAAAGAGGAAGUGUUACAACUUUCGGAAACUCUAUUAUGGCUGUUCCGAGAAAAGGGCGAGGAAGGUGAACAUCUCACAGGCGUCUCGGGAUUUUUAAAGCGAGCCUACGAGUAUCUGGAAGCCAAGCCGGAUGAGGAAAGCUCCAACAACAAAUACCUUUCAUUAGGAUCUUGCAGAAUGAUUAUAUUGGCGGACGAGACGCUCGAAACGUUCUUUGAUCAUGAAUUUGCGCAGUCUUUCCAGCUGACCGAAGCUCCGAUAGAAAGGCAAAGCAGCCUUAGCCGCGAAAUAUUUGACAGUCUGUUUGCGGCUGGUUCAAGGUUUGCCUCCGGUCGAGGAUCAAGACGUCCAGGGUUAUCAAGAACCAGUUCCAAAGCUCCUUCCUCAAGUACCAUCUCCAGUAUUGCACCAGACAAUCAAGUCUCAGACCCCAAGUCCGACAAGAUUGGUAGUCCGAGUGAGGACAGCCAGGUGGUCCAAGCGACACCAACGCCCUCUACCGGUACACAAGAGGCGGUCCAAAAGGAGGACGACGCUGAUGACGACGAAGAUGAAGAAUAUGGAGACGAUGUUUUGGAGGAAGUCGAUCGAUUGCUGGAUGAAUUUGAGAAGUCAUAGUCAUAACCCGUUUUCUUAUAUAGCUUACACCGCACGCUGUGCCUAGUUUUCCUUAUUGUACCAAAUACCUCGCAAAACUCCACACUAUGGUUUUUUUUAUGAAGCUUGACAUCCCAUAUCUUUGUGGCAACCAAAUAAAAAACAAAAAUACAGUGGAAUUUUGUUGCUAAGCGGUACAAACAUCUCUUCACCGCACUGCGCAACCUGGUUUUUUGAGGAUAUCGCCUUAUGCAAUUUCUUGACGCUAUCGAG